GUGGCGGUGUUGCUGUACGUUGCUUAUAGCUAAUUUGGCCAGCAGAGGGCGCUGAAUCUCCAUGUUGUAACUGAAAUGCUGCUUGCACCGACCUGUCAUUUGUUCCCAGCUUGUAAAAGUCAGCCAGAUACCAAAACAGGAGGUGAAUGUCAAACAGCUCCAGGAUGCUGCCCUCCUCAUCCCUGCUAAUCUGCUGUUCACCAGCGGCCAUCUGAUUUACCAAACAUGAUGAAGACUGAACCCCCGUCGGCCACGGGGGGCAACGGGACCUCCGGUGGUAGCAGUGGGGGAAGCGGGAGCUCCAACCUGCGGAGUCCCUCGCCCCACCGCAACGCCUACGAGGCGGGGCUGGCGGCACUCAAGAAGGCCACUGACCACCUCAACAAUGCCGCAAACGGAGGCGCUGGCCCUGCCUCAAAACCCGCUCCUCUUCCUCGCCCAACCGGGAGGGGCCGGAAAUAUGGAUCAAAUGUUCACCGCAUCAAGAACAUGUUCAUGCAGAUGCAGUCUCCUGGUGAUGAGGAGGACGGAGCCAAAAUGAUUGCCAUCUUUCCAAUUAACUUUGGCAACUCAUUGGCAGGUGUAGAGCAGGGGGUGAAACUGUCCCUACCGAGGGCAUCCAGCCUUAACGAGAACGUCGACCACAGUGCCCUGCUCAAGCUGGGGGCCACGGUCUCAGAGAGGGUCAACCGUUUUGACUCCAAACCAGGCGGCGAAGGCGGGGGCUUCUCCAAGCUCCAGGAGACCAGGAGGAUCUUCGAACAGCGGACUCUACAGGAGAAGCAAGCUGCCACCAACCGGAUCUUGCUGAAGAAGGAGCGGGCAUCGGGAUUCCAGGACAGCCGUCUAGAUGUCGUGGCUCGCUUUAACGGCUCCACCGAGGCUUUGGACCGACUGGACGACCCCCCUGCUCCCUCUCCCGCGCCGGCUACUCUUCCCGCGCCGGCUACUCUUCCCGCGCCGGCUACUCUUCCCGCGCCGGAUACUCUUCCCGCGCCGGCUACUCUUCCCGCGCCGGCGGCUUCAGUCGGGCCCAGUGACGCUGUCAGCCCCACCGUGAGCCAGCUCAGUGCCGUGUUCGAGAAGAGCGAACCGCAAACCAAUCUCCACGCCCCCCAACGUCGGUCAGGCCCUGCCCUAGCACCAAAGCCCAAACCUCCAGCCAGAGCAGAGGCUACCGGGAGAAAGGGAAAGCUGCUCCCUCCAGGUAAGGAGGACGGCGAGGAGGUGGGAGUUGUUUGCGUCCAGGCACCAGAACUGAGCGGUUCUCUGCAGGGGAGCUCAGGAGAAGUGAAGGCCAGCGAGGAGAAGGACGGGUUCGGACAGACGGGAGACCAGCUCCCCAACUCCUCCUGCUCCUACUCCUCCUCAUCGACCUCUUCCUCUUCGGACGUCAAGCCAGAGUCGGAGGCCCAGCCAACGGCGACUGAAGCCAGGGGCUCAAGUACGGUGGCCGCCCCAGAGCAAGAGCCCCGAGCUGAUGAGCCAGACGGCUCCACGGGGGGGUCAGAGGCCGGAGCCAGGCUGGUGCAGGCCGACGUUCACGCCUCGCUGGAAAACGGAGAAAAAGAGCCUCCAGGUUCCUCUCCCUCCUCGGAGGAGAGAGGAGAGGACUCUGAGAGGAGAGGGGAGGAAGGCGAGGAGGAGGAGGAGGAGGAGGAUAACGAUGAGGAUGGCUCCAGGAAGGAGGAUUACUCUGAGGGUGAUCUGGUGGACAUCAGUGCGUACAGCGGGCUCGGCGAGGAGGACUCUGGGGGCAGCCAGCUAGACGACGAGGAGGACGAGGAAGAUGAGGAGCCGUAUCAGCCAGAGACCAGCUGCUCCGAGAUCCCGGGUCUCCCAGAGGAAGAGGAGCCGCCGCCACCCAAUAGGAAGAUUAAAUUUAGCACAGGGCCAAUCACGGUAUUCACCACCUACUCUAACGAGGACUACGAUCGGCGUAAUGACGACGUUGACCCCAUGGCGGCGUCGGCCGAGUACGAGCUGGAGAAAAGAGUCGAGAAGCUGGACCUGUUUCCUGUAGAGCUGGAGAAGGAUGGUGACGGUCUGGGUAUCAGUAUUAUAGGUAUGGGUGCAGGAGCUGAUAUGGGUCUGGAGAAACUGGGGAUCUUUGUUAAGACGGUCACCGACGGAGGAGCUGCACAGAGAGACGGCAGGAUCCAGGUUAAUGAUCUGAUAGUGGAGGUUGAUGGGACCAGCCUGGUCGGCGUCACUCAGAGCCUCGCUGCCUCUGUCCUCCGCAACACCACCGGCACCGUCAGGUUUGUGAUUGGUCGGGAGAAGCCCGGGGAGCAGAGUGAAGUGGCUCAGCUGAUCCAGCAGACUCUGGAACAGGAGAGAUGGCAGAGAGAGAUGAUGGAGCAGAGAUACAAACAGUACAUGGACGAUGACGAAGAGACGGGGGAAUAUGCGACGGACGAGGAGGAGGAGAUGAGUCCAGUGUUUCCAAACUCCAUCGAGGUUUUCGACCUGGCCGAGAACCAGGACAUGUUGUCUCCUGUGGAGCUGGACCCCGAGAAGCUAGCCCACAAGUUCAAGGAGCUCCAGAUUAAACAUGCAGUAACCCAGGCAGAGAUCCAGCUGCUGAAGAGGAAGCUGGCUCACGCGGAGCAGGAUAAGUUGCGUUGGCGGAUGGAGCGCGCUCAGUUGGAGCAAAACAUCCGGGACAGUAAAGAGAGGAUGGAGAAACUGGAGGGCUACUGGAUGGAGGCGCAGUCCCUGUGUAAGGCAGUGGAUGAACACCUAAAGGAAACCCAGGCUCAGUACCAAACUCUAGAGAGGAAAUACAGCAAAGCCAAGAGACUGAUUAAAGAGUACCAGCAGAAGGAGAUUGAGUACCUGAAGAAGGAGACGGCUCAGCGUCGAGCACAAAAAGAGAAUGAGGCAACACACAAAGAGGAGGCGGACAACCUGCAGGAAAAGAUUACAGACUUGGAGACCAAAGUGGAUGCCCUGAAGACCCCCCAACCCUCCUAGACUGCUGCUGCUACUUCCUACCUCCUGUCUGGGACUGGAAGAGGAGGAGCUCUGCCUUCAUUCUGACCUAGGCUGUAUUUUAAUCCAAUCAACCAUUCACUGCACGGACAGGUAGUUAGGGGGGGAAAAAAAGAAUAACAGGGAUGACAAUUGUGAAAUAGAGGACAAGGGUUGCGACAUUCAAAGAGGAAAGAAGCAUCCUCUCAUCUGACAUCUAACCAGCGAUCAAUAACCAGUCAAUAACCAAUCCCAAAAUGCUCCUUCUGUAAUACCCAGAAUCCUCCUUGUGUGUCUUCCUGGCAACCCGGCUUGGCAAUCAACACGGAAACCACAUUCAACAACCUGUGCUUUAUUUAUGGAUGAUCUGUAUUUGCUUCUCCUCCCUUCAAUAUCUUACCCGGAUUCAAAUUUAUUUUAAACGAAGCGCUUUUAUCGAACAGGCUCGUCACAAAGUGCUUUACAGAGUGACAAGAGGGCAUGACCGCAAAAUAAAACCGAGGAAAAGGACAUUUGAUUUGUUGUUCUACUACUUUUGAACUAGGUGGUUUGCCGAACCACUCCUUCCGUUGUUUGGGACCGGACUGGAUUCUUCCGAAGAGGACAAACGUGUUUUCUGUCGCAUGGCAUUGAUCAUUCGAAUCCAAAACCUACACGGAGAAGCGGCCACCGCAUUUUUAAAAGACAAAUUCGGAAGUGGGACCGUGGUAGUAAUGUGCAACAAAAACUUUGAAAGGAAAUAGCCACCACCUGCUGAUAGUUAAGUAAUAAAAACUACAAAACAACAUGACCGACAAAUUUCUGAUUAGUGACAUAAACUGUGAAAUAGCAGAACGCCCACCCAAGCCUUUGGUUUCUCUUUUCUAGCCUGACUCUCUGCAAGCGAUGGAAAGAGUCAGUCAGAGGCGUGCUUUUUUUUCUUUUCUUUUUUCUUUAGGUCUGAACUGUGGUGGCAUACUGUUUGUAUAUAUUCUAUACAUGUAUUUAAUAGUGUUUAAAUGGCUUAAGCAGUUAAGUAGGUCUGAUAUCCGAGAGAAAGGCAGUGCAAUGAGCGAAUGACUACGAAAUGGUUCUGUAGUCCAGAUUCAGUCCGUUUUCAUCUCUUUUCUAUCGACAUCAAUGGCAAACAGGGUGUGAAUAGUCUGUGUGCUUAUAGAGCUUCUGAUGGUGUGUAUUUGUUGGUGUUUACUACAGUAUAUGUGCGUUUACACACACACCAACAUCCUCUUAUUAAGGAUAGUCAUGUACUAAUAGUGCGUUCCAUUUACCUCUCGAACUCAGAAGCCAGAGCUGGGAAUGACGUCCCACCCGAGUUGAAUGCGUUCCAUUUAACAAGUCGGAUUUUCACUGUGGGGUUUAGCUCUAGCCAGGUUCGCCAUUGUUAGCAAUACCAGUUGAUAACUACGCAUUACGCUGUUAUUUUGUGCAUACAAACAGCGCAACAACAUGUCCACAGAUAGAAGAUGAACAGUAAUGUGUGUACGACUGACGGGGUUUCCCCCAGAAAAGUUGUUAAGCCCGGUGGCAAGGGUCGCGAAAUUCAGAAUUAAAAAAAAAGAAGCUAUUAGACAGAUUCCAUAGAGCCCCAUAUUAAGUCAGGGCUGAAAGUUACCUCUAGAAGUUACCAGUUACCAGAAUAUAUUGCAAGCCACCAGGGGGAAACCCUGGACUGAUUUACUGACACACAAAUAAGACAGAAGUGCUAAUAAACUGUAUGUUACUACAGCUUUCACUACUGUUGAUGCACGGAGCAGCCAUGUUGGAUUUUGAGCUCGGGGUACUAUGAGGUUUUCCGACUUCCCAGCUCGGAAAUCCGAGUUCAUG